CUGUCCCGGCGGCGCUAACCGGGGUUUCUCGCCCUCCCGCUUGCUCUGCUCCCCCGCCGCCGACGUCCGACAUCCGACAUCCGACAUGCUGAGCCGCGCUCUGCUGUUCCUCGCUCUGUCCGCGGCUGCCCGGGUGGGCGCCGACGCCCCGGAGGAGGAGGACCACGUCCUCGUGCUCAAGAAGAGCAACUUCGCGGAGGCGCUGGCGGCAAACAAGUACCUGCUGGUGGAGUUCUAUGCCCCUUGGUGUGGCCACUGCAAAGCGUUGGCCCCGGAGUAUGCCAAAGCUGCUGGGAAGCUGAAGGCGGAAGGUUCUGAGAUCCGACUGGCAAAGGUAGAUGCCACUGAAGAGUCUGAUCUGGCCCAGCAGUAUGGUGUCCGUGGCUACCCCACGAUCAAGUUCUUCAAGAAUGGAGACACUAACUCCCCCAAGGAGUAUACAGCUGGCAGAGAAGCGGAUGAUAUUGUGAAUUGGCUGAAGAAGCGCACUGGCCCCGCUGCCAGCACCCUAUCGGAUGGCGCGGCUGCAGAGUCCCUGGUGGAGUCCAGCGAGGUGGCUGUCAUCGGCUUCUUCAAGGACGUGGAGUCCAACUUUGCCAAGCAGUUCCUACUGGCAGCAGAGGCCAUCGAUGACAUACCUUUUGGGAUCACGUCCAGUAAUGAUGUGUUCUCCAGAUACCAGCUUGACCAAGAUGGAGUGGUCCUCUUCAAGAAGUUUGAUGAAGGCCGGAACAGCUUUGAGGGGGAGAUCACCAAAGAGAACUUGCUGGACUUUAUCAAGCACAACCAGCUGCCCCUGGUCAUCGAGUUCACCGAGCAGACAGCCCCGAAGAUUUUUGGGGGUGAAAUCAAGACUCAUAUCCUGCUCUUCCUGCCCAAGAGCGUGUCUGACUAUGACGGCAAAUUGAGCAACUUCAAGAAAGCAGCAGAGGGCUUCAAGGGCAAGAUCCUGUUUAUCUUCAUCGACAGCGACCAUGCGGACAACCAGCGCAUCCUGGAGUUCUUUGGUCUGAAGAAGGAGGAGUGCCCUGCUGUGCGGCUCAUCACCCUGGAGGAGGAGAUGACCAAGUACAAACCCGAGACGGAUGAGCUGACGGCGCAAAAGAUCACAGAGUUUUGCCAGCACUUCCUGGAGGGCAAGAUCAAGCCCCACCUGAUGAGCCAGGAGCUUCCUGAAGACUGGGACAAGCAGCCUGUCAAAGUACUAGUGGGGAAGAACUUUGAAGAGGUUGCUUUUGAUGAGAAAAAGAACGUCUUUGUGGAAUUCUAUGCACCGUGGUGUGGUCACUGCAAGCAGCUGGCACCCAUCUGGGAUAAGCUGGGAGAGACAUACAAGGACCACGAGAACAUCGUCAUCGCCAAGAUGGACUCGACAGCCAAUGAGGUGGAGGCUGUGAAAGUGCACAGCUUCCCCACCCUGAAAUUCUUCCCCGCCAGCACAGACAGGACGGUCAUUGACUACAACGGGGAGCGGACGCUAGAAGGCUUUAAGAAGUUCUUGGAGAGCGGCGGCCAGGAGGGAGCAGGGGAUGAUGAUGACCUGGACCUGGAAGAAGCCGAAGAGCCAGACAUGGAGGAAGAUGACGAUCAGAAAGCCGUGAAAGAUGAGCUGUGAUGAGGGAACAGACCUGGGCACCCAGCCCGACACCUCAGCCAACCUCACCUGAGAGGGGCGCCCUGGAGAGCAGGGAGCCCUUCCGCAGUCCUCACAUGGAAACGCAAACCCGUCUCUUCCUUUUGCUUUUCAAUUUUUGGAAAGGGAUUUAUCUCCAGGCCAGUCCAUCUUGCUGGGCUACUUUUUUAAAAUUGUGAUGUACUUUUUUGUACAUGGUUUUGUCCCAAGUGCUUGCUAAAAUGUUUGGGAUCUCACACUGGUAAUGUCUCUUUCCUGUUAGAGAUUUGUACUAUCACUUUAAAAUAAUUGCAUCUGUGGGACUUUGAGAUAUUUUUUGAUGUCAGGGUAUUUGUUCUGCCUUGGCCAAGCCUCCCUGGAGUCUCUUGUCUCCUGUCUGGGGGGAAUGGACCCAGGGGGGACACAGCCACUCUCCCAUCCACUGUGCUAGUGUGGCCGGGAUGAGCAUGGCUCUUGCAUUUUUUAAUUAAACGGAGACUUCUGGGUAGGUCAGGGUAGCCCUCUGCAUUUGGAGGAGGGGACAAGUGGUAGCUACCCAGGAGGCCCAGGCAAGGGCCCUGGACAGCUCUGGCUUUCGUCCAGACUGCUGACCUGCCUGCCUCGGGCUUGCUGUGGGACCCUUGGAUUCUCUUCCAGUACCAGCCAGUGGCCUGUGCUGGGGGACCAGGACCCUGAUCCUCAGGCUAGGAGAUGGCCCAGGAUAUGGGGGCUGGAUCAGAUCUUGACUAUUCUUCAGGCAUUUCCAGCACAACCUUGAAAUUGAACACAUUGGCCAAAUAAAGCUGAAAUUUUACUACC